AUGGGUGGCUCCCGCUGGCUGCUCAACUUCCUGCUCGUCUCCGCGCUGCUCCACGUCGUCCAUUCCGGCCGGUCCCUGGAGUCCCAGGCGUGCGACCCCGCCGACCUGAAGGCGCUCCUCGACUUCUCCGACGCCUUGGACAGCAAGCCGGCCGGGCUCGUCGGGUGGGGCCCCGGCGACGCCGCUGCCUGCUGUUCCUGGACGGGCGUCGCCUGCGAACUCGGGCGGGUGGUCACGCUGGAUCUCUCCAACAAGAGCCUCCACGGCGGCAUCUCCUCCGCGGUCGCCUCCCUCGAUGGCCUCGCCACGCUCAACCUCUCCCGGAACGCGCUCCGCGGCGCCGCGCCGGAGGAGCUGGCCGGGCUGCCGAAGCUGCGGGUGCUCGACCUCAGCGCGAACGCGCUCUCCGGCCCGUUCCCGGCCGCUGCUGCCGCUGCCGCCGGCGGCGGCUUCCCGGCGAUCGAGCAGGUCAACAUCUCCUUCAACAGCUUCGACGGGCCGCACCCCGCGUUCCCCGCCGCGGCGAACCUGACGGCGCUUGAUAUCUCCGGCAACAACUUCUCCGGCGGCAUCAACUCGUCCGCGCUCUGUCUUGCGCCGCUCGAGGUCCUCCGCUUCUCGGGGAAUGCCUUCUCCGGCGAGAUACCCAGCGGGUUGAGCCGGUGCAGGGCGCUCACGGAGCUCUCUCUCAACGGCAACUGUUUCACGGGGAACAUCCCCGGCGACCUGUACACGCUGCCCAACCUGAGGAGGCUGAGCUUACAGGAGAAUCAGCUCACCGGCAACCUCGGCAAUGACCUUGGUACCCUCUCUCAGAUCGUGCAGCUUGACUUGUCCUAUAACAAGUUCACAGGCUCCAUCCCUGAUGUCUUUGUAAAGAUGAGGUGGCUAGAGUCCGUAAACUUGGCCACCAAUAAGUUGGAUGGUGAAUUGCCUGCUUCCCUGUCCAGUUGUCCACUGCUGAGGGUAAUCAGCCUGAGGAACAACUCGCUGUCUGGUGAGAUUGCUAUCGACUUCAACGUGCUGCCGAAGCUGAAUACUUUUGAUAUUGGAACCAACAAUCUGAGUGGUGUUAUACCUCCUGGCAUCGCCGUGUGCACCGAGCUGAGGACGCUGAAUCUUGCAAGGAACAAGCUCGUGGGGGAGAUACCAGAGAGCUUCAAGGAGUUGAGAUCCCUGUCGUACCUCUCAUUGACAGGGAAUAGCUUCACGAACCUCGCAUCGGCAUUGCAGGUCUUGCAACACCUGCCCAACCUCACAAGCUUGGUGCUCACCAGGAAUUUCCGUGGUGGCGAGACAAUGCCAGUGCAUGGCAUCAGUGGGUUCAAGAGCAUGCAGGUGCUCGUCCUGGCAAACUGUUUACUGACAGGCGUAAUUCCGCCUUGGCUGCAGAGCUUGGGAAGCCUCAAUGUGCUGGACAUUUCAUGGAACAAGUUAAAUGGGAAUAUCCCACCGUGGCUAGGGAAGCUGGACAACCUCUUCUAUAUUGACCUGUCAAACAAUUCUUUCAGUGGUGAGCUUCCUAUGAGCUUCACACAGAUGAGGAGUUUGAUUUCAACUAAUGGCUCGAGUGAGCGGUCACCAACAGAGGACCUCCCGUUAUUCAUCAAGAGGAAUUCAACUGGCCAAGGUUUGCAGUACAACCAAGUCAGCAGCUUCCCACCAUCACUUAUACUCUCAAACAAUCUGCUUGCUGGGCCGAUCUUGUCAAGUUUUGGUUAUCUUGUGAAGCUUCAUGUCCUGGACCUGAGCUGGAACAACUUCUCAGGGCCAAUCCCUGACGAGCUGUCAAACAUGUCGAGCUUGGAAGUGCUGAAUUUGGCCCACAACAAUCUCAAUGGGACAAUACCUUCGUCUCUAACAAAGCUGAAUUUUCUCUCCAAGUUUGAUGUGUCGUACAACAAUUUGACUGGAGAUAUCCCUACCGGUGGGCAAUUCUCCACAUUCUCACCUGAGGAUUUUGAUGGUAACCCUACACUCUGCCUUCGGAAUUCUUCAUGCGCCGCGAAGGAUUCAUCUGUGGGAGCUGCGCACAGUAAGAAAAGCAAAGCCGCCCUUGUUGCCCUUGGACUGGGAACUGCAGUUGGGGUUCUCCUCUUCUUGUUCUGUGCUUAUGUGAUCGUGUCAAGGACUGUUCAUUCAAGAAUGCAGGAGCGCAAUCCAAAGGCUGUAGCAAAUGCUGAAGACUCCGAGUCUAACUCUUGCCUGGUGCUGCUUUUCCAAAACAACAAAGAAUUCAGCAUUGAGGACAUCUUGAAGUCCACCAACAACUUUGAUCAAGCUUAUAUAGUUGGAUGUGGUGGUUUUGGCCUUGUCUACAAGUCGACGCUGCCAGAUGGGAGGAGAGUUGCAAUCAAAAGGCUUUCAGGUGACUACUCUCAGAUCGAACGGGAAUUCCAAGCUGAGGUGGAGACACUUUCACGGGCUCAGCAUGAAAACCUUGUCUUGCUGCAAGGUUAUUGCAAGGUCGGCAAUGAUAGGCUGUUGAUCUACUCAUAUAUGGAGAAUGGUAGCUUGGAUUACUGGCUUCACGAGAGGGCUGAUAGUGGGAUGCUGCUGGAUUGGCAGAAGAGGCUACUGAUUGCACAGGGUUCUGCAAGGGGGCUGGCAUACCUGCAUAUGUCUUGUGAUCCCCACAUACUGCAUCGAGAUAUAAAAUCAAGCAAUAUCCUUCUAGAUGAGAACUUUGAGGCCCAUCUGGCCGAUUUUGGCUUAGCAAGACUCAUCUGCGCAUAUGAGACACAUGUCACAACAGAUGUGGUGGGAACCUUGGGGUACAUUCCUCCUGAAUAUGGGCAAUCACCAGUGGCGACUUACAAGGGUGACAUAUACAGCUUUGGCAUUGUUCUGCUCGAGCUACUCACUGGUCGGAGGCCUGUGGACAUGUGCAGGCCGAAAGGGACCAGGGAUGUGGUGUCAUGGGUGCUUCAGAUGAAGGAGGAGGGCAGGGAAACCGAAGUUUUCCAUCCAAGCAUACAUCACAAGGACAAUGAAAGCCAGUUGAUGAGAAUCCUUGACAUAGCCUGCCUUUGUGUGACUGCUGCUCCGAAAUCAAGACCAACAUCGCAGCAGCUAGUCGCAUGGCUCGACAACAUCGCAGAGGGCGGAGGUCUACUGCAAUCCUAG